AUGUCUCAAGAUAUUAAUGAAGAGAUGGGCGCUUUGCAGCAGCAGCAGCAGCAGCAGCACCAGCAGCAGCAUCAGCAGCAGCCGCCGUCGCCGCCGCCACCGCCGCCGCCGCAGGAACAGAAGGAGCAACAGCAGGAGCAAAAUGAGGAAGCGGCAAGGCUCGUGCCCGCUGGUAUACCCAGCGCGGCAGGGGCAUGUCUGGCGGUCGAGGAGGCGACCGAGGUCAAGGAGGCUGGGCCCGAAGAGGCGCCGGGGUCCGAGGAGAUGGCUGGGCCCGAGGAAGCCGAGGAGGCGGCUGGGCCCGAGGAGGCCGAGGAGGCGGUUGGGCCCGAGGAGGCGGUUGGGCCCGAGGAGGCCGAGGAGGCGGUUGGGCUCGAGGAGGCCGAGGAGGCGGAACCGGCUCUAGGCGAAGAUCCACAUAAAAAAAUCUAA